AUGCAAGAGAUUUGCAACUCAGCCGCACUGCCACUCGACAGUAACCCUCUAGUGCGCAAGAUAAAAUGCGAAGACUUCCCCGUGAGGGCAAAGCCUACGAGAGUUGGCAUGGGGGUGCGCGAUGAAAUGGACGAGGAAUUUGCAGUAAAGGCAAGGAACACGCCGCCGAUGGGACCUGCACAGGACCAUCGCAUGGAGCAUGGGGGGAAUGGCUUCUGGCUCGCGGCCGUUACGGCUGCAGGAGCACCCCACCCCAUGCUGGAAACUGAAACUGGCUUCAUUAACAGCCAACCGUCGAUGGCUGAGUUCAUGACUGCUCUUCCACAACUGGGUGGCGGAGAACUAAGUCCGCAGCACACACCUCCUGGAUACGGUCCGGACUUGCCGUCCCCUGGUGGUGGUCUCAACGUACCCGAGUAUCCCUGGAUGAAGGAGAAAAAAACGACCAGAAAAAACAGCCAACAAGGUGAGUGGUGA